AUGAGCAAAGAAGAAAGCGAUAUUGAUGAUUUCAAUUCAUCCGACGAUGAAGACGCUAACAUUAACCAUACGGUAUUAAUUUCAUCCAAGAAGAAGACAUCUAUCACGUCUACUACUGCUACUAUUACUGGUGAUGUCUUUACUAAGGAAGAUGAAUCUGACUUCGAGGAUGAAUCCCAAGAUGGUGAUGAUGAGGAAGUAGAACUUGUUCAAAAAGAUGCAGAAGCCGCUACGGCUACGGCGGAUGAAGUACCGAUAGAGGAAGAUACAAUAGAUAAAGAAGAAGAAGAAGAAGAUAACGACGUGGAGAAGAGAACAGUGGAGGAAAAACGUAAAUCUUUGAAGGAACGUCUAUCUAAAUUGAAAAACAACAAGAAAUUAAACCAUAAGACUGGUGUUGUAUAUCUGUCGAAAAUCCCACCGUAUAUGAAACCUGCCAAGAUGAGACAAAUUCUGUCAAGGUUUGGUGAAAUUGAUAGAUUAUUCCUUAAGAAGGAAAAUGAUCAAAAAUAUACAAGAAGAAUUAAAGGAGGUGGUAAUAAGAAGACCAUGUAUGAAGAAGGUUGGGCAGAAUUUAUAAGGAAAAGAGACGCGAAAUUAUGUGCCGAGACGUUGAAUGGGAAUAUUAUUGGUGGUAAGAAGGGAACUUUUUAUCAUGAUGAUAUUUUGAAUGUGAAAUAUUUACCUGGUUUCAAAUGGGCUGAUUUGACUGAACAAAUCGCUAGAGAAAAUGAUGUUAGACAAGCUAAAUUGGAAUUAGAAAUAUCACAAGCUAACAAGUUGAAUGCGGAAUAUAUUAGAAAUGUGGAACAAUCUAAGAUGUUGAAUAAUAUCGAGAAAUCUAAGAAGAGACAAGGCAAAGAUAUUGAAUCCUCGACCAAUAAUAAUAAUAACAGUAACAUUAGAGAAUUCAAACAACGUAGGGUCAAUACCAACAGAGCUGACGCGCCUGAAUCGCAUAAACAAGGGAGUGGUAAUAAUGGCUCUGUUUCCAAGAAAGAUAUUGGAAGUAUUCUAAACAACCUACUGUAG